AUGGGCGCGCUGAACAGUAAUCUGGUUACCAACUACCACCAGGGCUGGCGGCUGGUAACGGCGAUGUGGUUACACGGCGGCGUGGUGCAUCUCGUGUGUAACCUCCUCGGCAUCGCCUUCCUUCUCAACCGCCUCGAGAAGGAGUUCGGCCUGUGUACGUGCGUGGCGCGGUGCAAUGACGCUGUGUGGUGUGGUGUGGUGUGCGGCGGGAUCGGGCGUCCCACGGCCAUCUACCUUCUCAGUGGCGUCUUUGCUGCCGUCUUCUCCUGCCUCUUCCUCAACACACAGAUCAGCGUGGGUGCAUCUGGAGCGUUGUUUGGGCUGGUAGUUCUCAGCCCUCAUGACGCUCAUCAUCCUCCUCAUAGCAAUCAACCUUGCCAUCAACCUUACAUCGAUAACUCCUGGUUCUCCCUCUGCCCCCCUUCUCUCCUCCCUCUGCCCCCCUUCUCUCCUCCCUCUGCCCCCCUUCUCUCCUCCCUCUGCCCCCCUUCUCUCCUCCCUCUGCCCCCCUUCUCUCCUCCCUCUGCCCCCCUUCUCUCCUCCCUCUGCCCCCCUUCUCUCCUCCCUCUGUCCCCAUACCCUCCCAUGCAGUUCUCAGUCCUGAUGACGCUAAUCAUCCUCAUAGCCAUCAAUCUCGCCAUCGGCCUCAUGCCUUACAUCGGCAUCUUCGCCCACAUAGGCGGCUGCAUCGCCGGCUCCUUCCUCGGAUUCGCUCUGCUGCUCAAACCCCAACGGAUUUUCUCCGGGAUACUCUUUAUGGCUCUCACAGGCAGCAAGGUAGUGCUCGCCACCAUGGGCAAUAUGGCUCUUGAUGCACGGCACAUUCCGCUUUCCCACUACUGCCUCCUCUCCCUCUCCCUCCCCCAUCAGCUGCUGACUCACCCAUGUCUGCUGCCUCCUCUCCUUCCCAACCCCAACCAGCUUCUCGCUCUGCAUGGCGGUGCUAUUCACCAAGGGCAACGUGCCUGCUGA